AAUGUUUUGGUCUGUGGAGGAGCAGCGGAAGGGAGGGAGACAGGUGGGGCUAUGACAUCAGGUGGAGAUAGGUCUCUGACACGUACGAAAGUGUAUCCAGUCGUGAAACUCUAGGUUUGGAGCUGGAGAAAUGGCGAGGUACUUUCGGGAACAGGAUAUCGAUGAGUUUCGGGAGUGCUUCUACCUGUUUGCUCGGAGUGGACAGAUCAAGACACUGGAUGAGCUGACGAUUAUUAUGAGGUCCCUGGGGUUGAGCCCCACUAUUGCUGAGUUGAAUAAAUAUUUGAAGGACAAGAAUGGAAAAAUGUCAUUUGCUGAUUUCCUCGAGGUGAUGCACCUUCAAACUCGAGCAGAGGACCUGCCUAAAGAGGUGAUCGAGGCAUUUCGGGCUGGUGAUGCCUUCAGAUGUGGAACAAUACCAGCCAGGCAAUUGGCGCACAUGCUCCUCAAUUGGGGAGAGCGAUUGAGCAACAAAGAAGUCGAGCAAAUAUUCCGAGAGGCCAAUGUCUCCCUCAAUGGUCAAGUGAAAUACGAGGACUUCGUCAAGAUCGCCUGUGCACCAGUACCUGACUACUACUAACAGUAAACGUGGACAAGUCCUUAUGCUGCAAUCAACAGAUUGAAAACUAAUGGACAAAGCUGGGAUUUUAAAAUAUCGUGGACCUGAUAUGUUAUCAAACGUCAAAUAAAUUUAUACAAUUUUGUUUAAAGAAAUUCGUCUCUUCAUUCGAUACAGUUGAAAUAAAAAUGAGUCAAUUAUCAA